GAUAAAAGCGUCUGCUAAAUGACAUGUAAUGUAAUGUAAUAAUGUAAUGUAGUGCCAACGACGCGACUCGGGAAUCUAGCUCUUGUGCUAGCUCACUGAAGCUAAUGCCACUUUCAGGGACUGUCGGAACUUGUCAGGUUGUGGAUAAAAUUCACCUAUAAACCUAAAAUUUACCUAUUUCCCACUUAAUCACAGACGAUCAAAUUUGUACGCGGUAUACACUUUAAUGGUAAUCCUAAUUUAAUCAAAUUCAGAUUCAAAGAAGGAAGGAGCGCAAAAAUGGACUGGAUGCGUCAUCAUACGCCGUUGUGACGCAGGUUGGGGCGAAUUUACGAGGGGGUUCCUGAAGGCAUCGCCACCUGUCCCGCAAAGUUAGCUACCAGCGGUAGCAACAUAGCAACAGUGAGAGCAGCGUCACCAUCGUCGUUCAGGACACAAUGACAGACAAAAGCUGAGUUUACUGUCGCAGAGGACGAGGAGGAACAUCUCCCACCACAGAGAAAGACGAGAUGAGCCGCUUCUGCUCCGACAACAACAACUUCCCCUACGACAACAACGUGCUGGUGCUGGACAUGGUGCUGGGCUCUCUGUGGGGGGUUCCUCAGCCUAUAAACUGGGACAAUGUCUCCAAACUGGUUCCAGGAUUCACUUCCAAGGAGUGUGCCCGUCGCUUUGAGGAGCUGAAGAACAUGGGGGGAAAUCCUCUGGUGGACGACCAGUGCAACUCCCUGACAGAGGGAAGUACGCCCCCUACAGACAGCCUGUCCACGCUGCCGGAGACUCGGGAUGUGGUGGACACUGGCAGCACUCGGAGCCCCAUCAAAGUAACGAGUUCUAAAUCAGGAAGAGUUGGUUCUGUGGAGAAGAAAGAGAAGAGAGUCUCAUUAGAGGAGGAAGAACGACCUCAGAAGCCACGAGAUCCCAACAUGGUGAUCCACGUGUGUGACGAAACUAAGAACCUGAAGCAGGACUUCACGUGUCCCAGAGACCUUCUUGUCAAGGAGAUGCGUUACUUUGCCGAGUAUCUGUCGGUGGAUCCUCAGCGGUGGGAGGAGGUGGACAUCUCCGUCCACUGCGACGUGCAGAUCUUUGACUGGCUCAUGAACUACGUCAGGAGGAACUCUGUGACAGAAAGAAACAAGGACAAACCGCGGCUCGAGCCCAGCAAUGUCAUCUCAAUCCUGAUCUCCUCCGAGUUCUUGAAGAUGGAUACGUUAGUGGACGAGUGUAUUCAGUACUGUCACAAACACAUGAGCGCCAUCGUGGCCACGCCCUGCAACAUGAACUGCAUCAACAGCAACUUAGCGUCGCGCGUCGCCGAGCUCUUCAACCACAACGAGGCCGACGACAUCCGUGACAAGAAGGACAAGUUCAAGAGUAAAUUGUUCCAGAAGAAAAUCGAGUGUUUGUUCGAUCCCGCCCACCAGAGCAGAGACUCACCUGGAGACGCUUCCACCCUCUACAGGUGUGCUUUGUGUCUGAAGAUGUUGACCAGAGACACAGAGAGGAAGAUUUCCUGUGUUCCAGGCAAAAUCAACAUCGACGCACACGGAGACAUCAUUUACACUCACAGCAGGCAGAAGAGCUGGGAUGUCCAUGAAUACAUCACUGGACUCUAUGAGGAGCUCAAGUCCUGGGUCCUGGUUUACUGGAGAAUCUGGGGAACCAUUAACUACCUCACCUGCUCUCGCUGCCAACAGGUGUUUGUGUGUGCAGAGCUCACCCACUGUAAGUACCACCCUGACAGCGUUGUGUAUCCAAGCCUCGGCGCUGAGAAAGGACUUCAUGGAGCAGGAAUGUUCCCCUGCUGUAACCAGAGGGUUCUACGCUUCGACCCUACUGGUAUCCCCAAGGGCUGUAAGACGCGAGACCACAUCGUGAACGUUCCUGACGAGGACUCGUGUGACGAGGUCUCCUCGGCUCACACCCGAGUCCUCAAUGACCUGUUGUUGCACAGAGACGCCGUGUGUGUGUCCUCUGAUGCUGCUGCUGAUGCUGCUGCUGAUGCUGCUGCUGAUGCUGCUGCUGAGGACAGUCCAGUCAGUGCAGAGAAGCUUCAGGACUGUGACGUCCUCCUGGAGCCCACGCUCCUCGGUCCUGUGAGAGGAGACGGCAGCACGUUUUCCCUGCUGAAAAACUGGAGUCUGCAGCUGAUGAAGAUGAUGGUCUGCUUUCAGAGACAACAGGCUCUUCUCUCUGAGGACGAGGAGUACACCACGGGGUCAGAGGUCACUGAGGACGAGGUCGGCGAUGAAGAGGAGCUGACCAAGAAACAAGCUGCAAAAAAAGCCAAGAGAGCAAACAGACCUUUGAAAAAACAAAUGUCUUCUCCAAACUUCCACCGCAAAGACAAAGCAGAGAAAUCACAGUCCAGAGACAACACACCUUUCACUGUGAGUGUCCAGAAGAGUAAGUGGGACAGCUCUCGCUCUAUGCGCUACAACCAGGACGCUCAGAGAGAGGAAGACCAGCGUCGCAUGGUGGAGAUCGUGGGUUAUCUGACCCGGAUGAGGUUUGGAGACGACGAGCAGAACAAGUCCAAGGACACUAAAGAGGUGUGUGUGUGUGCGUGUGUGUGUGUGUGUGUGUGUGUGAUCCAGUCUGAGCUCCUGGUGGACGUCCAGUCUGAGCUCCUGGUGGACGUCCAGUCUGAGGUCCUGGUGGACGUCCAGUCUGAGCUCCUCGUGGACGUCCAGUCUGAGGUCCUGGUGGACGUCCAGUCUGAGGUCCUGGUGGACGUCCAGUCUGAGCUCCUCGUGGACGUCCAGUCUGAGGUCCUGGUGGACAUCCAGGCUGAGCUCCUGGUGGACGUCCAGUCUGAGCUCCUCGUGGACGUCCAGUCUGAGGUCCUGGUGGACGUCCAGUCUGAGCUCCUCGUGGACGUCCACUCAGAGCUCCUCGUGGACGUCCAGUAUGAGCUCCUCGUGGACGUCCAGUCUGAGCUCCUCGUGGACGUCCAGUCUGAGGUCCUGGUGGACGUCCAGGCUGAGCUCCUCAUGGACGUCCAGUCAGAGCUCCUCGUGGACGUCCAGUAUGAGCUCCUCGCGGACGUCCAGUCUGAGCUCCUCGUGGACGUCCUGCCUCUCAAGCCUCAGUAA